UAAAAUUCAUGAGAAAACAAAGUCCUGUCUCCAUUAAAGUUUACCCAAAAAUUCCCCAAAAAACUUUCUGUAUAAAAAUCUAGGGUUUUCGUAAAUAACGCUACCCCUUAGUUAAUAUCGUAUAAAAUAGAAAUUUCCUUCAAUUUCAGGUCUGCUAGGGUUGUGGUUUUCUUUGAUUUUUAGGCGAUUCGUUUUGAAAUUUGUCUUUUGCUUCGUUACAAAGUUUGCUUUUUUUUUUUUUUUUCCUUUUUUCUUUUUGAAUUUGUUUUGAGUUUUAGCGAGUUGGUGAUUGGUUCGCGAGAAAGUAAUGGCUAGGACGGGAGAAGAAGAGGUGGAGUAUGAAAGUGAUCCAGAGGAGGUGAAGCGUUCGCUGGCGAUGCGGGGAGGAGCAGGGCGGGCGAGUGACGCUGAGGAAGGGGAAAGGGAUAAUAAUACCGAGGCGAGGAUGGAUCGGAGGGCUGUGAUUCAUUCCGAUGAAUCCGAUGGCCAGGGUGGUGCUGCAGAUUAUGAUGAUGACGAAGAAGAAUUGGACUUAGAAGAAGACGGAGAGGAAGAAGCUUAUGAUGAAGAAGAGGAAGAGGAGGAAGAAAUUGAUGAAGAGGAGAUGGAGGAAGUAGGGGAAGGAGGGUUGCAAGGGAAUGUGGAGAGAACCGGAGAAGAUAUGAAGGAAGCGGUGGUGGGUGAUGGGAAUAGGAAUAUGGAUGAGGAAGUGAAGAUUAAUAAUAAUAAUAAUAAUAAUGUCGAAGAGGAAGAUGAAGAGGAAAAGAAGGAGACUGAGCCAUUUGCAGUGCCAACUGCUGGGGCAUUCUAUAUGCACGAUGAUAGAUUUCGAGAUAAUGUUGGUGGUCGUCAUAGGCGAACACAUGGUGGAAGGAAAUUGUGGGAAUCCAAAGAUGAUAGGAAAUGGGGACAUGACAAGUUUGAGGAGAUGACUUUGCAAGAAAAGCAUUAUGAAGAGGGAAGAAGAUCUUCUAGAAGUAGAUAUCGAGCUCGGAGUAAAAAUUGGGGUCCAGAUCAUGGUUAUCCUAGGGGAAGUAGGUCCAAACCAUUUGGGAAAAACUACAAUCAGAACCAGGCUCCUAAGGGUGUGAGAGGGAGAGUACCUAGGAGGUAUGAACCUACUAUGAAAAACAGUUGUCAGGCACCUCCAAGACAGAACAAACUGUCUGUAAAGCCUCUUGAGAAAACUUCACAAGCUAAUUUGAGUAGAGCUUUCACACCUGCAACAAAUGCAGACUCUGCAUUAGUUCCUGCUAGGAAACAUAUUUUUGCAUCAAGCUUGAGUUCUUCUUCCCCACCUUUUUAUCCAUCUGGGUCUUCCAACAAAGACAUUGCUUUGACUCAACAGAAGGAUGUGCAAGCUGGAACCAUGAGCAGAAAUGUUCGCCCAUCUGUUACAGAUGAGAAUAUUUCUGUGUCGCAAUCCAAUUCAUUGCGAGGGAAGAAUGUAUUGGAUUCUCUCAGCAUGGCAAAGCUUUAUAUAGAUGAUUCUGGCAUGUCAGCUUCUGUCAAGCCUUUGACCAACAUGCAGAUGCUACCUUCUGGAUCUUCGUUGGAUAAUACUAUUCAACCCUCUCAGUCCAGGGUACAGGGUAGAGGCACAGCUAUCCCGGGACUGAAGGCUUAUCAGCCAGCUCCACCUCAGAACCAAGUCAACAGAGUUUCUUCUCAAACGCAGGUUGAUGCUUCUCAGAGUAGUCCUGUUCAAGGCAGGGCUCAGUCUUCUCUACAAGCAGCUGCUCAGCAGUUGGGCCAGCAUCCUGGUAUUGGGUUUCAAACUUCAUCUCCACCAAAAACAGCUAUAUCAGUCAAUUCAUAUGAAUCUGGAGAGGUUGAAUCUUCAGAAACAAGUAAAUCCAAUGGUGCAUUGGCGAGCAAGGGAAAAAGCAGUGUUCAAGGAGCUGGAGGGGGCUCUUUUCUGUAUGGUGGAGCUCAGAUUAUGGGGUCUACGGGGAAUAUGGCUGUCAGCCGUGCUGAUCAGAACUUUCCUGCCUUUUUACCGGUAAUGCAAUUUGGUGGUCAGCACCCUGGUGGCCUUAGUGUUCCCGCUGUUGGCAUGGCAUUUCCUGGAUAUGUUGCCCAGCCACAACAUGGUUUGGGAAACUCAGAAAUGACAUGGCUACCGGUACUGACGAGUGCUGCUGGGGCUUUGGGGGCAACAUAUUGUCCACCUUAUAUCACUGUAGAUGGGCCUUAUCAUACUCGUCUGUCAGGACAGAUCUCUUCUACAGGACCCUCAAGCAAAGAAGGAACUUCUAACAAACCAAAUAAUGAAUGGAAGCCUUCCCAAAGACCUGAGCUUGUGAGUGAUGAAUUUGGGGAACGACAAAAUAACCCAAAUAAGCAGCCUCGCAGAUAUUCAGAGAUGAGCUUUAGCAAGUAAUUUAUUUAAGAUGGAGCCUGUCCCAAUAAGCUGAUAAAGGCCUUCCUUCCGGGCCCUUUGUGAUCCCCAGCUUUUGACCUGGACCACUUUGGGCUGCAAUUUGUUCCAGGAUAUAAUAGGUUAUAAAUGACAAACGCCUGCUCAUGCCACAUUCAGUUUAAGAAUAAUAUGGUGGCUUGACGGGUGGCAUUCCCUUGUUUAAAUGUGCGGUUUUUCUUGUGGCUUGAUUGUCUAAUGAAGCUUCUCCAUAAAAGUACGAACAAGAACUAUUGUGCAGCAGCUGUUUGGUUGGCGAACUUAAGUUUUUAAUUUGCAUAGAUGAUGUUUUCUUAUUCGUCUUUGGUGAGCAUAGUUACCUGUUUGAUGAGUUAAGCCUGGUUUUGGGAGUACAUUAUUGCCUGUUUGAGAUUUUUUAAUAUUUUUAUAUGAAGGCUGGCUGGUUAUUGAGAUAUCUUUAAUUUAAUCAAGAGCAUUUGGUGAUAAGUGGGUUUUGAAGCAUUCUGUUCAAAGCUCUUUCUUUCUCUAUUGAAUUUCAUACUUUUACCAUUGCUUUCUUUGUUAGGGCUCGUUUGUAUUCUGCAGCUCUUCCGGUGUGGUGAAAUCUAGACCUUUACACAGGGUGCAUCCUGCGAUGCAAUUGCCUGUGGUUACUCUCUAGUUGGUGACUAAAGAGGAGGGAUUCGGUGAACAACUGAAUCUUGGAAAAAUUGAUUGCUUUGCAUUGGACAAAGCAAUGGAUUGUUUUAGUAUAAACAUAAUAAUAAAAA